AUGGAACCAACGACAACACUUCUGCAUCUCUCAGCGGCGCUUCCCAUGCCGCGGCUGGCUGUACUUCGACCUCCAGCCUCCUCCGAUGUGAGCGUGGAAGUCGGCAACGUAUCGACGGUGGUCCUGGGCAAUGAGAGGGUGGCAGUCGAUGCGAUUCUGGACGACGAUGCGUGCAUUUCCUGGGCAUCAACAGCGAUGCUCGAAAGCGCCCUCGAAGGAUUUAGUCAUGGUUUGGUCCUCCAUGGGGCACCACAGGGGCAGCUGAUCCCUCGGUUGUUGCUGCAUUUGGGCGACCAGAUUCAGCAAAAAGGCUACCAGCUGUGGUUUACCGCCCUGGAGCUGCUGGAGGAUCAGCUGCUGGAUCAGCAGCUGGAUCUGUUGGCCACGGGGCCCUUGGAGCGCAGGGAGCCGCCCCGUUUCGUGCUGCAUCCGGGUCUUGGGACGCACGCGGUGGGCGCCUCAGAGGUGCCGAUCUCUGACCACGCGGAGCUAAAGGAGUGGAUCUCUUUUUCGCAGAAGAGGCGGGUGCUGACCAGCAGCUGCCUGCAUGCUGCCAGCAGCAGAAGUCAUCAGCUGUUUUUCCUGCGAUUGGAAGCGGGGCAGAUCCACAGCAGGUUGGGAAUUUUUGAUCUCAGAUCCAGUGCGCCGAGCCGCUCGGUACCUGCAGAUCUCACCACCUUAGAAAGCGUUUUGCAGAGCUGCCAUCACCCUUUGGCAUGCAAAUUGACCAUAGCUUUGAAGGACCUUCUCACCGGCACCUGGCAUGGUUCCGUGCUGGCGGAGGGAAGCCGUUCCAGCUUCCGCUGGCUCAAAGCCUGGGCGCGUCCUCGGCUCUUGUGCUCACUCACGAAGGGCCUGCCGCGAAGUGCACAACUGGAACUGCUACAGGGCGAGGUUCAAGCGCUGAAAUUGCAGACGCCGGAUGAAACCAGGUCAGAAGCCUUGGCUCAGCGGAGCGCUUUGAUCUUGGAAUUCUCCAAGAAGCCUUUGGACCGGCGGCGCCUGGCACGGGAGCGGGUGAAGACUUACGAGUGGUGCGGGGUGAUGACCGAAGAAACCCAGGAGGUCUUGCAGCAGGAGCUAAUGACUCCCUACUUGCUGAACAUGUCGGAUGACGCCUCGUUGGCCGGAUCUUUGAUGUACCUGCUGCAGAGGGGCGAACGGACCAGCAUCGGCAGCGACCCCGACAACACCAUCGUCUUGGAUGGCUUGGGGAUGCUGCCGAACCUUUGCAGCAUUGUCAACCUGGAUGACUUCAAGCUUACCCUGAGCCGUCCCGACUUUGCCAAGGAUCAUGUCUUGGUGAAUGGAAAAACCAUGGCCAAGGAUAGCAUCGUCCUUUCACAUCAUGAUCGCAUCUGUCUUGGGCGUGCGCAGAUGGUGAAGCUACACAUCCCGCAUCAAGGGGUUGAGACCAUCCAGGAAAGCGAGGAAAAGUUGGGCCUGCAACCCUUGGAAUGCCUACUCCCGGAGGACUUGGCCGGCUUUCUUCCGCCCUUGCCCCGGCAAGGCUUUGAGGUGAACUUUGCGAACCUUCAGCACCUGCUGGAGCAUUCUGAGUCGCUAAGGAAUCUCCAGUACUACGUCAAGGAUCUGUUGCCCAAGCUCUCCGCCACGGCCCAGCUCGCUUGUUUCGAAACCUUGCGAAAGGCGUGCUAUUUGGUGGAUGAGGCGAACAUGAUCACGCGGGAAGUCCGUCCCGAGGACCAACUCCAUUUCGAAGUGGACUUGGUUUGGGACAUUUUUCGACAUCCAGAAGAGGUCCUGGUGAUUCGCCUGCUGAGUUACAGUAGUAGCCCUAGAUCCGCAACCACCUCGAGCCAGGUGCUGCACUACUGGUCCUAUGCGCAGUUCCAAGCCCGCCUGGAGUUGAUGAGAGACGCCCACCGCGCCGCCACAAGGUCCUCGUGGUCGUCGUGGUCGUCCGUGGCGGCGAAGGAGGAGCUGAUGGAUCCGUGGAGAGAGUCGAACCUUUUUCCACUGCGACAUUUGUUGAGCCAUGCGCUGUUCGACCGGCCAGAAGUGGAAGAUCUGAAGAUGCAACUGGCAGAGAUGCGACAGGAGCUUCAAGAGAAGACGGGAAGCCUGGAGAAGAAAGCGGAGAUCAUCAGCCAGUUGAACGAACAGCUGAUGGGAGUGGUUUCCUUGACCCAGGAGAUCCAGGAGGAGGUGGGUCUCCAAAGUCCUCAUGGUGCCUCACCCAUCACGGUGGUCUCCAUGCAUGACCUCGCGCCGCACAACGAUGGCAGCGAAGAGAACUUCACCAUGAGCGUAUCGGCAUCGACAAUCUCGGACGGAGCACCCACAGCGCCAAACGAUGCACGGUCUCGGGGCUUCAAAGUGGAUAAGCUCAGUGGUUCGAUUCUCCAGACUUUGGCACCUGCCCUGUUGAGCCAAAGUAGCUUGACACCUCCCCACUGCUAUCGUGAUCUCCACCGUUGA